ACUCUUCUUUUGACUUCUCUUCUCCCCCUCACCCUCUAUUUAAGGGACCCUUCCUCCUAUCUCUCUCAAACUCAUCUUUCUUUCUCUCUUGCAAUUCAAAUAUCUUUCUGUGUUCGAGAGCCAACACAUCCAGCCAGAGAAAAACAACAGUCCUCUGUUUUUCUCUGGUUUCCCCUGAUUCUAGACAGGGCACAUACAUACUACUAGUACACCAACACUACUUGACUCAAGAACUGAGAGAGAUGAAUCCUGAUCAGUUUCAGAAGAACAACAUGUACAUAGAAACCCCUGAAGGUGGCAAAAACUUCGACGAUGAUGGACGAGACAAAAGAACUGGGACAUGGGUGACUGCAAGUGCUCACAUCAUAACAGCAGUGAUAGGGUCAGGAGUGCUGUCACUUGCAUGGGCAAUUGCUCAGAUGGGUUGGGUGGCUGGCCCUGCUGUUCUGCUUGCCUUCUCCUUCAUCACUUACUUCACCUCGACUCUUCUUGCCGACUGCUACCGUUCACCGGACCCCGUUCACGGCAAGCGAAACUACACCUAUUCCGAGGUUGUCAGAGCUGUCCUAGGAGGAAGGAAAUUUCAACUAUGUGGAUUAGCUCAGUAUGUAAAUCUUGUCGGUGUGACAAUCGGCUACACAAUAACUGCUUCAAUUAGUAUUGUGGCGGUGAAAAGGUCGAAUUGUUUUCACAAACAUGGUCAUCAAGCUAGUUGCGCCAUUCAAAAUUAUCCAUUCAUGAUCCUCUUUGCUUGCAUCCAAAUCGUCCUUAGCCAGAUUCAAAACUUCUCCAAGCUCUCCUGGCUCUCCAUUGUUGCAGCUGUGAUGUCUUUUGCUUAUUCUUCCAUUGGCCUCGGCCUCUCCAUAGCCAAAGUAGCAGGCGGGGGACAUGUUAGAACAUCCUUAACGGGGGUGGAAGUUGGGGUUGAUGUGACAGGACCCGAGAAGGUGUGGAGGACUUUCCAAGCUAUUGGUGACAUUGCCUUCGCUUAUGCUUAUUCUAAUGUCCUCAUUGAGAUUCAGGAUACCCUGAAAUCAAGCCCUCCAGAGAACAAAGUGAUGAAAAGAGCAAGUUUGAUUGGCAUCUUGACCACAACCAUGUUUUACAUGCUAUGUGGUAUCUUGGGUUAUGCAGCAUUUGGAAACGAUGCACCAGGAAAUUUCCUCACUGGGUUCGGUUUCUACGAGCCCUUUUGGCUAAUAGACUUUGCCAACAUUUGCAUAGCCAUUCACUUAAUCGGAGCAUAUCAGGUCUUCUGCCAACCCAUAUUUGGAUUCGUUGAGAAGUGGAGUCAGGGAAAAUGGACCAACAGCCAAUUUAUAAAUGGAGAGCAUGCUCUGAACAUUCCUUUCUGUGGAACCUUCUAUGUGAACUUCUUCAGGGUAGUGUGGAGAACCACCUAUGUUAUCAUCACUGCUCUGAUAGCUAUGGUAUUCCCAUUCUUCAAUGACUUCCUGGGCCUGAUUGGUUCACUCUCCUUCUGGCCAUUAACUGUUUAUUUCCCCAUAGAGAUGUACAUUAAGCAGUCCAAGAUGAAAAAAUAUUCCUUCACCUGGACAUGGCUCAAGAUAUUGAGCUGGGCUUGCCUCAUAGUUUCUAUCAUCGCAGCUGCUGGUUCCAUCCAAGGUCUCUCUCAAAGUCUCAAGAAAUACCAGCCAUUCAAAGCUCAGCAAUAAUACUUACAACUUCUAUGUGGUGUCGUUUUCUUUACUCUCAAGUCACUUUCCUUUAGUUUUAAUAAGUCGUGUCAGCAAGUGUCCACAGAUAAUGUAAUGUUAUCAAGUGCCUAUGAAAGAAAGAACUUAGCACCCAGCUGCAUUGUAUAUAUGUCAUGAAUAAUUCCAAGUUGUUUGUAAGUCAGUACUAUCAUUUAAAAUUGCUAUCCAUGGUACAUGUAGAAUAUAUAUUAUGACCACUCGAUUAAGUGGAGCCUGAA